GCCAGCCGGGGAGGAAAUGGCCGCUUCCUCCCCCUCCUCCUGGGCGGGACUCCUGGUCACAAACAAGGCACAGCCUCCCGGUCCCGUUCCGUCUUCUGCCGCCCGCCGCCCCGUCCCACCCUGAGGGGCCCAAGGCAGCAGAGUGACCUCUGGAGAGACCAGACGGGAGCUUCCGAGGGGCCCGGGGGACCCUGCUGAGAGCGGGGUUUCCCACGGGAAGAGAUGAGGGUCUGGGACACGGCACUGCCCUUGCCGGGCCUGCUCCUACUCUUCUUGAGCUCCCGGGCCCAAGAAUCCCAGCCCCGCGGCCUCGCCCCACAGGAGGGCUCGCUGAGCCGCGGGCCUGGAACCGCCACCCUCAGCUGUCGUGCGCCGGGAGGCCCCCCGUCCGCUGUCCGCUGGCUCUGGGACGGGGAGCCCCUGAGCUCCAGCCCCCCUGGCCCUCACCGCCUCCUCUCCGACGGCUCCCUCCUCCUCCUGCGGCCCCCUGCGAGAGGCCGGGCCCGCUCCGACCAGGACGUCUUCACCGACCAGGGAGUCUACACCGACCAGGGCGUCUAUACUUGCGAGGCCAUCGAUGAGCUCGGCCCGGGGGCCGGAAAGGGGGUCAGGCUCCCCGUGUCAGCUCUGCGCGAGGACUUCCGUCUGCAGCCCCGAGACGUGGCGGCCGGGGAGGGGGAGCGGCUGGUGUUGGAGUGCGAGCCCCCGCGCGGCCACCCCGAGCCCAGCGUCUCCUGGAGGAAGGACGGGGAGCCCCUGGUCCCGGUGACCGGCCGGCACGUGGUGUCCAGGGGAUCCCUGCUGGUGACCCGGGCGGAGAGAAGCGACUCGGGCAACUACAUGUGCGUGGCGACCAACGCGGCUGGUCAGCGAGAGAGCCGGAUCGCCAGGGUGUCCAUAGGGGAGUCCCCGGCCUCCGCCCCUGAUGAGCCUCUGAAGCUGCUGGUUCUGCGUGUCCAGCUGGAGAAUGCGACGGUGCUGACCACCGGCCCGGGAUCCGGUUCUGGCCCAGCCGUGCAGCUCACCUGGAAUGAGGUAGGUCCCGCCGCCCCCGCCCAGACCUACACGGCCUUGUUCCGGGCCUGGGACCCCUCGGGGUCGGAGGGGUCGAGAGGCCUGGGCGGCCCGUGGGUGGAGAGUCCCCUGCAGGGCAGAAGGAGGGCGGAGUUGCGGGGCCUGGACUGGGGCCGAGGCUACGAGAUCAAGGUGAGGCCGUCCUCCGGCCGGGCCCGGGGCCCAGACAGCAACGUGCUGAUUCUGCAGCUGCCCGAGCAAGUGCCCGGCGCCCCUCCCGAGGCUGUCACUCUGUACCGUGGCAACGACACCAUCGUGGCAAGCUGGGCCCCACCCCCGCCGGAGACCCACAACGGCCUCAUUCUCGGCUACCAGGUCCAGUGCCUGGUUAACGCCUCGAUGCCUCCCGCCAACUGGAGCGUAGCCGCCAGCCCGACCCACGCAGAGAUCGGCGCCUGGGUGCCCGGCUCCUACUGCGUUCGGGUGGCCGCCGUCACCGGGGCCGGGGCCGGAGCCCUCAGCCGCCCCGUCUGCAUCCUCAUCGAGCUGCCGCGGGAGUGGGAGGCCCGGGACCCCGGGAAGGUUCAGCUGCUGGAGCUGGAGCAGCUGCAGGAGACGCUGCGCCGGCCGGAGGUCAUCGCUGGAGCCGGGGCCGGGCUGUGGCUGCUGCUGCUGGGGGCGGCCGUGUGCUUGCGCCGCCGGCGCCGAGGGGGGCCCGGCCUGACCUCGGGACUGUACAGAUACUCCAGUGCCGACACCAUCCUAAAACACCGGCUGGACCUUAGCGAGUCGCCGUGGCUGGCGGACAGCUGGCGCUCCGCGUCCGGCUGCCGGGACCUGAGCAGCCACAGCAGCCUGAGCAGUCGGCUGGGCGGAGACACGCGAGACACCCUGGAUGGCCGCCGCUCCCUGAUUUCCAGCGAGCGCCGCAGCCCGGGGGUCCCCCUCCUGCCGGACACCAGGACUUUCUACGGCUCCCUGAUCGCCGAGCUGCCCCCUGGCCCCCCGGGGCCCCGACCGGCCCGGCGCCUGGCCCCGCAGCUCGCCCGUCUCUCCAGCCCCUGGCCUAGCUCUGAUAGCCUCUGCAGCCUCCGCCGGGUGACCCCUCCCCUGCCCCACUCCGUCGCCCCCCCAGCGGCCUGGAGGAGGGGGGCGAAGCUCGAGCUCCAUCAGGCAAACAGCUCUCCCCUGCCGCCCGCCAGCCGCCCCGGGCAACCGUGGAGCUGGGAGCUGGGGGGCGGUGACACCGGGGUCCUUUCCCGGCGCCCACGAGCCGUACCCCGGACGAGGGCUUCUUGGAGACCCCUAGGGACUCAGCUCCUGGCCCCCCUCCCCCCGGCGCCCCCGCCCCCUCAGAGCCAGCAGCACCCCUCUGACAGAGGCACCUCGGACCCAUGGACGUCUUCGUCGCUGCCCCCGGCGGCCCCCGCCCCACCCCCUGCCCCCAGCUCCCUCGACCCCUCCAUCUCCAGCCCGACUUCCAGCCGGCUGUCCUCCUCCACGCUGUCCUCCCUGGGGGACGAUCGGGACAACGUGCUGACCCCCGAGGACGUGGCCCUGUGCCUAGAGCUCGGCGAGGGGGAAGAGGGUCCUAGGAUCGGCUCUCCCCUUCCACGAGCCCCAUCCCCUCCCACCAGUUUUGGCUACAUUCCAGCUGCCUCUGGGCUGGUGGGGGCGGGGGCCAGAGAGGGGCCUAAAGACCAGGCCCCCCUGUGCCCAGCCCGGCCAUGCCGCACCCCUUCACCCAGCGAGGCCUCCCUCGCCAACGGCUGGGGCUCCGCCUCCGAGGACAAUGGCGUCAGUGCCCGCGCCAGCCUGGUCAGCUCCUCCGAUGGCUCCUUCCUGGCCGAUGCCAACUUUGCCCGUGCCCUGGCCGUGGCCGUGGACAGCUUCUGCCUCAGCCUGGAGCCGGGGGAGAAUGAUCGAGUCUUUGCAGACUUCUCCCCUCCAGCUUCUCCACUGCACGGUCCCUUACCCACUGUCCUAAGCCUGCCUGGCCCAGUUCCACUGCCAGGGUGGGACUGGAUGGAGGAGAUGGAGGCCAGAUACAGGCUGUGGCUAGGGCGAGGGCCCCAGGCCCGGAGGGCGGCCAGCCUGGGUCCAAGCCCUGUGAUUCCCGAUCAGCCCAUCACAGAGCCUGGGGACCAGGGAAGAGAUGGCACCUCCUGAUGCCCAGGGAGCCGGAGAUCAGGGGCCUCAUCUCUGCCAACUCCUGGCUUGUGAGUCCAGGUGAUCUCUACCCCACCCUGAGCCAAAUCUCCCUUCCUGGGCACCACUAGGAGGGUCCCCUUUUUCUUCCCCAAGCCAGCCCCAGUCAUUCUCAGUAGAGUGGGCCUUCCCUGCCCCCCUACAGUUGGAGGAGGAUUGGGGAAACCCUCUGGAGCUUCCGAGUUUCUGGCAGACUGGUGGAGGGAAUAGCAUUUCCCCCCCCCCCCAACACUCCCGAAAGGAUCCGGCAUUUCAGUGGUUCCUGCCAAAUUCACACUCCCACCAACGCCAGGAGAGAUUCCGACCCUUUACCCAAUUUCUGAUUCCUUCCCCCAACACAAACCCUCUUUCCCCAUACAGCCCCUCCCCUAUCCUACUGACCCUCAUUCCCUCCCCCGACACCUCCCCACAUUGUAAAUAAAGUGGAAUUUUUCUGGAA